AUGCCUGGAAUCGUACGGGUCCCAGACUCCAGGUCGACCGUCUCCAUGGUACCCUCUCACUCCCUCAAACCCGAUUUCUACCUGAUUGCCAGCGAGGACGCCAUCUACGAACAAGAUGUCCUCCGCAAUCCCGGGAGCAUUCGACCGUGGCUUACAUACAUCGAUUACAAGAUGCGCAAUGGUACGAUACAUGAGCAGGCAUUUGUUCAAGAGAGGGCGUGCAUACGACUUCCGAGGUCCUACAAACUAUGGAAGAUGUAUCUGAGCUUCAGGGUCAAACAUCUGAAGAAGAAAAACCCUGUCAAGUACCGAGCAGAAUUCACGAAAGUCAAUGCACUCUUCGAGCGAGCCCUUGUUCUCUUGAAUAAGAUGCCAGUCGUCUGGGAGAUGUACCUCACAUUUCUGCUCCGCCAGCCAUACGUCACCAAGACGCGAAGAACGUUCGAUCGCGCCCUACGAGCUCUACCCAUUACACAGCAUAAUCGCAUAUGGAAAUUGUAUAAGUCCUUUGCCAACUCAGCAUCCGGAGAGACAGCUGUGAAGAUAUGGGCCCGAUAUGUUCAGGCGCACCCUGAAGACGUUGAGGAUUACAUAGAUCUGUUGGUCGACAAUGGUCACUAUCUGGACGCCGUCAAGCAAUACAUCCGCAUUCUGGACAAUCCCAAAUUCAAAUCCAAGCACAUCAAGAGUGAAUUUCAACUCUGGAGUGAGAUGGUUGAGUUGAUGGUCAGCAAGGCGAGGGAGCUUGGGGACAGCUCGGUCUCGUCUUUCGAUGCCGAUACCAUCAUUCGAAGUGGCAUAGAAAGAUUCGCAGACCAGAGGGGCAAGCUUUGGGCAGGCCUUGCUACCUACUGGAUCACCCGCGGAGAUUUUGAACGAGCCCGAGACGUCUUCGAGGAGGGGGUUACUACAGUUAUGACCGUGCGAGAUUUCACCAUGAUAUUCGAUGCUUAUGUCGAGUUCGAAGAAUCAAUCCUCUCUACGCUCAUGGACGCCGCCUCUAUCCGUGCUGCGAAGGGCGUCGUUGACGCAGAGAAGGAUUACGAUGUGGACAUGCGCAUGAUGCGUUUUGAGCACUUGAUGGAUCGGCGGCCGUUCUUAGUGAACGAUGUCCUCUUGCGGCAGAACCCAAACAACGUUGUAGAAUGGCAGAAGCGGGUCGCACUCUGGAGCGACAACAAGGAAGAAGUCGUGCAGACCUAUACUGAUGCAAUUGCCGCUAUUGCGCCAAAAAGGGCCAUUGGCAAAUUCCAUGAGCUGUGGCUUAACUAUGCGAAAUUCUAUGAGGAAGCGGGUGACUUAGAAACGGCCAGGCUCAUUCUAGAUAAGUCAGUCAAGGUACCCUACAAGUCAGUCGCGGAGCUGGCAGAGACGUGGGUAGGAUGGGCCGAGAUGGAACUUCGCAAUGACAAUUUUGACGGAGCAAUGAAAGUCAUGGCCAAAGCUGUGCAGGCACCCAAACGAAGCACCGUCGAAUAUUUCGACGAGACACUUUCACCACAACAGAGAGUGCACAAAUCUUGGAAAGUGUGGUCCUUCUACAUCGACCUGGUCGAGUCUGUCGGAACUCUGGAUGAGGCACGGGCGGCAUACGAUCGCGUUUUGGAACUUCGCAUUGCUACUCCAAACACCAUUGUCAAUUAUGCAAAUCUUCUAGAGGAGGCGGGAUACUACGAGGAGUCUUUCAAGGUAUACGAACGUGGGCUUGACGUCUUCAGCUACCCAGUCGCCUUCGAGCUGUGGAACCUCUAUCUGACCAAAGCUGUCAAUCACAAAAUUGGCAUCGAACGCCUCCGUGACCUUUUCGAACAAGCUGUGGAAAACUGCCCUCCCGAGUUCGCCAAAGCCAUCUACCUAAUGUAUGGUGAUUUGGAGGAGGAGCGUGGACUCGCUCGGUCGGCCAUGCGCGUAUACGAGCGAGCAACUCGCUCCGUCUCGGAUGGCGAUCGACUGGCCAUGUUCGAGUUCUACAUUUCCAAAUCCGCCUCCAAUUUCGGACUGACUUCGACUCGGCCAAUUUACGAGCGUGCAAUUGCGGCGCUUCCUGAUGCCGAGGCCAAAGCUAUGUGCCUCAAGUUUGCCGAGAUGGAACGAAGGCUGGGUGAGAUCGAUCGAGCAAGAGCCAUCUACGGCCACGCAAGCCAGUUUGCGGACCCACGUGUGGACAACUCUUUCUGGGUUGUAUGGGAGAAGUUCGAGGUCGCCCACGGUAACGAGGACACAUUCAAGGAAAUGCUUAGAGUCAAGAGGAGCGUGGCAGCCAAGUUCAACACAGACGUCAAUUACAUCGCAAGCCAGGCGGUGAAGAGAGGCCAAGCUGCUGUGGCAUCUACACCAGAUGCAGGCGAUCAGGACGAGCCCGAUAGAAACGUUGAUGCAAUGGCCGCAUUGGAGCGGCAAGCCCGUGCGCCAGUGGGAUUCGUAGCGGCAAGUUCUGGCCCUGAGGGGGGAAAUCAGCCUCCAGCUUCGAAGCAAGAAGAGAAACCAGUCACUGGGGUGGCAGCAAAUCCCGACGCCAUCGAUGUCGACAUAGAAGAUGAUGAUGAUUAA